UUAUUCUCCACUUCCAAUUCGAAAUGUUCGAGAGAAUCUCUUGAGUAAAAAGAAAAAAGAAACUACUCUCGUGAUAAUAACGUGACAAAAAAUAUCAAUAGACAACAGUAGCCAUGAUUGAGACCUCCCAAUGAAAUCAACUUCGUUAAUUCUCUCUCAUACAACCCCAACCAUGUAUUCUAAUUUCCUAACCAGGCGAAUGAUACACCCACUUGAGAUUAUUGAUCUUGAUAGCGAAUUGUCGCACUGCUCUCAAUGACUUGAUGAUGGCUUUAGGCUAUUCCAACUCAAGACAAAGAAAUAAAGGGUUGAUGGCUUGAUGCCCUAUUACAGUUGACGGGCUAAGCCAGCUGUUGACUCCAUUGGAAAAGCACCAAACUUUCCACUCAAAAAAUCCAGCAUCAUACUUCCACCCUUUCCGGAUUUCACCCAUACCAAAACCAUCGAACCCCACAAAACCAGAAGGGAAAAAGAACUUUCCCCAUUUUAGAUCUCCAAAAAUGGUGCCGGGUAGGAAUUCCAUGGAGAUAAUAAUAGCCAAGUUUAGCCAUUGGUGGCCGCCAUUGAAGAAGGGUACUCCUGCAACUCUCAGAGCCAUCUUCUUCUUCCUCGUCCUCUUCCUUGCUGCCUACAUCUCUUCCUUGUGCCUCGACACUUCGGCAUUUCUGUCCAUAAAAAACGAACCUGUUCCCACUAACGUUGAAGUAGUCUUGGUUCGACCCGAGAAUCUGACCAAAUUGGAAGAACCCAGAACUCCAUUACCGGCAAAGCUUCAAACUUUACCUGAAAGGGUACUCGAAUUUCCGGCCAUCGACUGCUCUGGUGCCGACGAGAGAAAGAACCAAACUCGAACCUGUCCUGACCGGGGAAAGGAACCCACGUGGGAACCCGCCCCCGGAAGCAGGGGAGAAUGUCCGAGCUACUUCCGGUGGAUUCACGAGGACCUGAAGCCGUGGAAGACGACAGGUAUCACGAGGGAGAUGGUGGAAGGAGGCAGGGGAAGUGCCAAUUUCCGGCUGGUGAUAAAAAAGGGUAGAGUCUAUGUGGAGAAGUUCAGGAAAUCAAUACAGAGCAGAGACAAGUUCACGAUUUGGGGGAUUCUGCAGCUUCUUAGGAAGUACCCAGGAAAGAUUCCUGAUUUGGAGCUCAUGUUCGACUGUGAGGACAAGCCGGUGAUCCGACCGGAGAAUUACUCUGCCGCGGCGGCGGCGCUGCCGCCGUUGUUUCGGUACUGCGGUGACAGGCGGACAGUCGACGUGGUGUUUCCUGAUUGGUCAUUUUGGGGCUGGGCAGAGAUAAACAUAAGGCCGUGGCAUAACUUGCUGAAAGAGAUGAAGGAAGGGAACAAGAUCAUCAAAUGGGAAGAGAGGGAGCCUUAUGCUUAUUGGAAAGGGAACCCUUUUGUUGCUGACACUAGGAAGGAUCUGCUGACCUGCAAUGUCUCCGAUAGACAUGAUUGGGGUGCUCGCAUCUUCAUCCAGGAUUGGUUCAAGGAAUCCCAACAAGGGUUCAAGGAAUCAAGUUUAGCAAAACAAUGCAAACACAGAUACAAAAUCUACAUUGAAGGGUAUGCAUGGUCUGUGAGCGAGAAGUACAUAUUAGCGUGCGACUCGAUCACUUUCAUGGUAAAACCUUACUACUACGAUUUCUUCACAAGAGGCUUGGAGCCUCUCGUCCACUAUUGGCCCAUAAACGACAGAGACAAAUGUAGGUCCAUCGAGUAUGGAGUCCAAUGGGGGAACAAGAACCCUGACAAGGCACAAGCAAUUGGGAGAGCCGCGAGCGAGCUCAUUCAAGAAAAAGUCAGCAUGGAUUACGUCUAUGACUAUAUGUUCCACCUGUUGAAUGAGUACGGUAAGCUCCUCCGUUUCGAGCCACAGGUUCCCGCCGCGUCCGUGGAGGUUUGCUCGGAGGGCAUGGCUUGUUCGGGUGGAGGUGAGGAUGUGUUGGGGCUAGGGUUGGAGAGGAAGUUUAUGUUGGAGUCAUUGGUGAAGAGUCCUUCUUUGUCAAGGCCAUGUGAGAUAGGGCAUCCUUUCGAGCCACAAGAGUUGGAGAAAUACUAUAAGAGAAAUCUUAACACAAUUAGGAGAGUUCAGAAGUGGGAGAGGCAGUACUGGCAAGAUUUUGAAAAGCAAGGGUAGUCAUUAGUGUAGUGAUUCUUUCUUGUACCUUAAAUCUUUACUUGACACUUAUGAAUUCAUUCCUCUUGGGAGACAUAAGGAGUGAAAAUUGUGCACAGUACAGACACAUUGAAUAACAUAAGUCAAUUGUUCUCGAGCAACUUAAUACUUAGAUUCUAUUGCUAAUUUCUAUGAAAUAAAGCCAUAUUUUAAUUUAUUUGUACUAAUUAGUUUGAUGUUAUUCAAAUCAGCUAAAAACAAAUAAAAGGGCCUACCUUUUAAUCUAUUAUUACUAUAUUAGUUUAAUCAUUAAUGUUGUUCAAAUGAGCUCGUAAUAAAUGAAAGCCAUAUCACCUCCCAAGAAAACUCAUUGAAAAUGAAAACAAAGGGGUAAAAAGUAAAAACCAUGAAAGUAUGUGAGAACUGAGAAGUGAGAAGAAGAAGAUACUACAAUGGAAGAAGAAAAGAAAAAAUAGUGGAUCCCAAUAGCAUUGACCCAAUAUUCAGACCAGUCCAGUAAAGAACGUUGGCGGAGGUAGGGGGGCUUUACAUGAACUAAAGGCUCGUGGGUCAAAAGCCCAAGUGAAAAUAAAACCCACCAGAAUCAUAGUCCCAGCUUAGCCCUAAGCUUUGUAUUCAGCUGCCCUCUAUAAUCUAUACAGCUAUUAUGGGGAUUUUUAUACUUUCAUAUAACAUUGAUACAUUUAUUGAAUUAGAUCGAUUUGUAGUUAAAUAAAUAAAGAUACCAUAUAAAAAAGGAUUCUAAAGUCUAAAUUAUAUCCUACUUGUAGUGGAACUACACUCCCUCUAAAUUCUAAUGGUGUCAUGAAAUUGUCAAACUGAAGGGGUAAAAAUGGAAGUUUAUUGUAAUGAGAUUCAAACUCUAUCAAUGUCUUUAUCAUAGUUCGUUGGAUAUUAUAGUAUGGGUUAAUUGCAUGGUUGGCCACCGAGAUUACAAAAAACAUUCAUGUUUGGUCACUGAAAAUAUUUAAAUCCAAUCUUGGUCACUCAAAUUAGUGAAAUUGUUCAAGAUUGAUCACUCUCCGUCCAAUCUAUUCAAGCUUUUCAUCAAAUCGAUCUUGUUGAUCCUGCUAUAUCCAUACCUUAGUUAACUUAACAUGACACAUCACAAAAUUGGCAAAAACACAUUCUUACUAGCCAAUGAAUUGCAUGGAACAUGGACAUAUGAUUUUUGGGGACCAAAAGGAAAUUGGCAAUAAGGCCGGCCAUAUGCUCCACCACCACACCAGUACAGCGAAAGGUAACCAUGUUUUCAUGUUCUUUGUGUUCCAUUGCAUUCCAUUCCAUGCCUUUUCCUUUCCCUUUUGGUAACCCAUCGACGACUUUUCUAAGCUGAUUAUUACGGCCACAUUUUCCGGCCAAAGAAUGCCCCGACAAAUGCUGUCAGCUGUCCUACAAUGAAUGAUAUUAGAAAUGUGUGCAGAUCGAGCAGCAUCUAUUGCAUGCAAUCAUGUCCCAAAGUUUUGAUAAUUAAGAUUGCGAUGAUGCCUUUGCCUUUGGCUACCAACCUGUUUUUGCUCCUUCGCUUGGGGACCAUGUUUAUGUAUGUGCCUUCCGUUUUGUUAUACGUAUAUUGAUUUGUCCUUACAAGUACGAUUACAUCAAACUUACAACGUGUGGGGUAUAUUGUCAUCAUGUAUUUGUUCAACUUCCAUUGCCAAAAAUAGAUGACAAUGUUUAAAAGAGAUCGAUAUGUGUUUUUUCUUGAAUCCACCAUGUUAGCUAAAGUUUCUCUGUCAAAAUUUUCAGUCACUGUAUAGUACUUACAUACAGGUGACAGAUAAAUCAUAAUGACGUUUGAUUAUAUAAAUCGAUAUCUCUUAUCUUAUGAGUGCCUGAGUGGUAUACUUCAAAAAGACAACCACUUGUAUAUCAAGUAUUUCAUUUAAGGUGGAUUCGAUCUAUUAAAUAAAUAUAUAAUAAGACAAUUUAAGUUAA